CCAGCUAUGUCAUAGCGCCUACGAGGCAACACUUAGGGCGAUACUGAGCAGCAGUAGUAGCAUCGGCAGAAUCACAACACAUUGGGCCACGGUUUCUAUAGUUUACACAGAGCUAUCCGUGUUAGAUAUUUUGUUAGGUGCCAGCUAUGCUUUCCGACAACGAAGAGCUUGCAAUGAAAGAAUCCAGAAGACGAGAGCGUCAGGAAGCACUGGAGAAUCCAGAAACUGACAUUGGCUUGUGUGGCUGGCUGCUGGUCCUGCUCUCCAUCCUCCUCAUGUUGGCUACCCUCCCCAUCUCCAUAUGGAUGUGCAUUAAGAUUGUGAAGGAGUAUGAGCGAGCCAUUAUCUUUCGCCUGGGGCGCAUUUUGCGAGGAGGAGCCAAAGGACCAGGGUUGUUCUUCAUCUUGCCAUGCACUGACAGCUUUAUUAAUGUGGACAUGCGCACAAUCACCUUCGAUAUCCCACCGCAAGAGGUUUUGACCAAAGACUCUGUGACAGUGAGUGUGGAUGGUGUGGUGUACUACCGGGUCCAGAACGCUACUCUAGCUGUGGCUAACAUCACUAAUGCUGAUGCUGCCACCCGACUGUUGGCCCAGACCACCCUGAGGAACGUCCUGGGAACCAAGAACCUGGCGGAGAUCCUGUCUGACCGCGAGGAAAUCGCACACAGUAUGCAGUCCACUCUAGACGAUGCGACAGAUGACUGGGGCAUCAAGGUGGAGCGGGUGGAGAUCAAAGAUGUUAAACUGCCCCUUCAGCUCCAGAGAGCCAUGGCAGCUGAGGCUGAGGCCAGCCGUGAGGCCAGAGCUAAGGUGAUAGCAGCAGAGGGAGAGAUGAAUGCAUCACGGGCGCUGAAGGAGGCCUCCCUGGUGAUUGCCGAAUCUCCUUCAGCUCUGCAGCUGCGCUACCUCCAGACCCUCAACACCAUCGCCGCCGAGAAGAACUCCACCAUCAUCUUCCCACUGCCGCUGGAGAUGAUGCAGGGCUUCAUCAAACACUGAGGAGGAUCGCUCACAUGUACACACUCUCACAACACACAUCAUUUACACACACAUAUUUAGGCAAUGUUUCAAUCAAGUACGUCUCUUAUUAUCACAUUUUUCACCUGUGAAAGAAGAAGUAAUUCCACCCCACGAGGUAGCAGCUGUCUGGAUUAAUAAUCUAAACACACAAGGUAAUUCUUUGAUAAUUUAAUUCCAAAUAUCCAUUUCUUUGCAAAAAUAUUCUUAUAGAUCCACCAGAAAGCUUUAGUAGAUGAGCAGAAGUUAAAAAAAUGAAAUGUAGCUUGUGUCAUGUUUGCUUUGCUCUGAUUUGAAUGAUUUUAUGUGCACUGAUCUGUCAGAGAGCUCUCUGUCACCAGCUGCUGAUUCAGCGCGCUCAGCUAGCUGAGUGGCUGCUGAUGAGGGUCAGCCAGAGUCAACACCAGUGGUGCCAAACACAGCAAAAUCUACACCAGUUAGAUUUGUGUCUUCCAAGAAAUGACCAAAGCAGGUGCUUUGCCAUACAGUGCUUUGAUUUGUUAAUGCAACUAACACUUACCUUAAAAGCCGUAGUGUAGAAGGUGGUUUAGCUUUUAUCCUGCAGUUUUAUUUUUGUACGUUACAAAUGAAGAAAUAAAGGUUCCCUGACUGUCAAAAUAGACACAGGAACCCCAGACCUUCUCAACAUCCAUUUGACAAAAACUUUAAAGGAAAGUGCCAGGUGGAUAUGCAGCUCUACACCUGCACACAUAACCGCAUGCACACAUGAAUCUGUAUUAAUGUCACUGAUGUCUCCUGAGGAUGUGGCACCCCUGCGACCACUGCCAGUAUCACAGUGCAAUUAUAAGUUUAUACCUAAAAAUGUAUUCAUGAUAUCCAUGGCUUUAUUUCCAAGCCCCAACAUUUAAAUGAAUGUAUUUUAAAUAUUAGCUGUGCCAUUGCAUGUUGUUAUUGAAUUUUAAACAUGUAACAGGGCGAUCAGUAUAAGCUAUACUGUACUUAA